AUGAGCGCAAUUGGAAAGCAAGAACUUUUGUUAGUUGGUCCAUUUGGUAUUGCAGCAUGGCUUGCAGGAAUAACGUUUAUCAAUCGACAAGGUGGUGAAAAAGGCAAACAAACAAUAAAUCAAGCAAUGAAUGGUCUGAAAGAGAAGAAAAUUAAGUUGUGGGUGUUCCCUGAGGGUACACGCCGAAACACUGGAGAAAUUCAUCAGUUUAAGAAAGGAGCUUUUCACACAGCGGUUCAAGCUCAAGUUCCAAUCGUUCCAGUUGUUUUCAGUUCAUACAAACCAUUCUUAAAUGGUAAACGAAAGACUUUCAAUAAAGGUGAAGUCAUCAUCACAGCUUUACCAGAAAUAUCAACCGCAGGAUUAUCAGCAAACGAUGUUGAUGAUCUGAUCGAGAGAACAAGGAAUGCAAUGAUCGAAGCUUAUAAUGAAACUUCCAAAUCAGACUGA